UGUAACCUAUUUUUCUACCUAUAAAGCAGAAGUUACUAAAUGCAUUACAUCAGCUAAGUCAUUUUUGCCUAAAAUGAUCAUUCGAAGCGUUUUAUUCGUAAUAUUCAGUGAGAUGCUAAAAGUUAUAAAUGGCGAAAAUUGUACAUUGUUUGAAAGAAAUGCUGCUGACAUCGACAAUGAUAUGUUUGAAGAAAUUAAAGAUUAUGCGGACAGUGGAGCGUUUGAAGCGUUGUUCAACAUCACAGCAAUUGAAUCGAUUUAUCAUGAGUUCAAGUCGAUAAAAUACAAUGAAGAUAUAGAUUUGAACAUAACACAGUUAUUAUAUAAAUAUGGUUAUCCUGCAGAACAGCAUGAGGUGCAGACUAGUGAUGGGUAUUUACUGAACAUGUUCCGAAUACCAAAUAAGGGUCCCGUCGUGUUUCUUAUGCAUGGAGUUUUUUGUAGUUCUGACGACUAUGUGACUCCUGGACCAGACCGUGGGCUAGCCUACCUACUUGCUGAUGCAGGUUAUGACGUAUGGAUGGGAAACGCUCGUGGUACAACACAUUCUAGAAAACACAUCAGUUUGUCUCCAUCUUGCGCCGAGUUCUGGGAUUUCACCUGGGAUGAGAUUGGACGCUAUGAUCUGCCGGUUAUGAUUGAUUAUGCUUUGAAUUCAACUAAUCAGGAACAACUAAUAUAUAUUGGACAUUCCCAAGGUCCAGAUAUUACUCAGAUAAAUUCUACUGCUUUACCUGUGAUAUUUGGCCAUAUGCCUGCUGGUGUAGCGACGAAACAAUUUAUACAUUUCACGCAGCUGGUACAAUCAGCUAAAUUUAGACAAUUUGAUCAUGGCUGGAGAAAUAUAGAGAAAUAUGGAUCUACGAUACCUCCAGAUUAUCCUGUUGAGAAAAUUACCUCUCCUGUGGCUAUAUUCUAUAGCCCCAACGAUUGGUUUGGUGAUAUUGAAGAUGUCGAAAUACUUAUAAAGAAACUACCGAAUUUAUUUAAAUUUGUAACAGUGCAAUAUGAAAGUUUUUCUCAUAUGGACUAUUUAUGGGCUAGGGAUGUAAAAGAAUUAUUAUACGUAGAUGUUUUAAACGUAAUAGAAGAGUAUCUAAAUGGCUAAUUGUCAGAUUAAUACUGUUUAGUUUCAGUCAAUAGUAUGCAACAAGCAACUCUUCUCGUAUUGCAGGUGUUAAUGGGCGAUAGCAGCCACUUUCCAACAGGUAGAUCGUCUGGUCGUUUGUCUCCUUAACAAUAAAAAAAAUAAUAAUAAUAAAUGAAUAAGUUAUUCAGAUAAUAACACUUUAUAUUAAACUAUUUACCCGCACCGGCUUUGCGCGUAUGGGCUAAUGAAGAAAAUGAGACCAAAUUUUACCUUUCAUUCAAUAAGUUUUUUUUAAUAUGAAGAUUUAACUUAAAUUUUUUUUAAACAUUUUCAUUUAUACUAACCUGUUCUGACAACUAUAGAAGAAAUAAUUAAGAAUUACCCGAAUAAAUGCUAUCGUUUUACACUGUAUUGACGAAUGCAUCGUAUUGACGCAUCUGUAUAUUUAUUUAUACUUUAUUAUCUAAUUAAUAUAAAUAAAAAAAAAACAAAUAUAUUUAUAAUUUUUAAAAUAAAAAAUACAAUUAAAUAAACACAUAAAAUACAUACAUUCGGCAAUUGAUUUUUAUUCAUGUUGUUAUUUCAUUAAUUUAAUAAAAUUGUAGCUAGAUAAUGUCUGCAUAUGAGAGAUAUUGUAGUUAAGAAAAAAAUGUUUGAGGGGUUUAAACCAAAAUUUGAACAUGUUACUUAAAAACUGGUGUAUAAUUUAUCAUCAUACGCUAUCUAGAAGUGAUCAAUAUCAUUAGUUUUACAAAGUAAUGGGCAAAAAGCUAGUAGAUUAUAAACGAAAUAAGUAAUAUAUAAAUAUACCAGAGGGAGACUUUGUACAAAAGUCGAUUGCUUGGCUAUCUCUGCCCCAUUCGUGUUGCUACCGUGAAGCAGUUGUGUUUGCAUGGCUGUGUUUCGGUUUGAAGGGUGGGAUAUGGCGUGAAUUUACAGGGUACAGAGGAAUAACACCUUAGUCCUCAGGAAUGGCAACGCAUGGGGGGUAUCAUGGGCAAAAUAGUAUACUCUGUUAUGUCCAUGGUACUGCUCAUGUCUAUAGGCGACGGUUACCACUUUCGAUCAGGUGGACCGUCAGCUUGUUUGCCAUUCUAAGUUGUAUAAAAAAAAGAUGAACCAGUAUUGCCAUGUAUAUGGCAAUACAAUUCCUGUUUCUUACAGAGCUUAGCCUAAAGUCAAUCAAUGUAAUCAAUCAAUUAAAUGAAUCAACGUUAAACUUGUUUGUUUUUUUUAUACUACUGAGGUGGCAAACAAGCAUACGGCCCACCUGAUGGUAAGCGAUUACCAUAGCCUUUGAACGCCUGCAAUACCAGAGGUAUUACGCGCGCGUUGCCGACCCUGAAGAAACCUCUUUACCCCCCUUUUGAAGAACCCCAUGCUGUAGUCUCUUGGGAAUACAAACUUGCUUAUACAAACAUAAUUUGAUAAUAAAUAUGUUUCCAAUUUUCAUUUUUUUUUAAUUUUUAUUCACAACAUAAGGACAUUUUUUAUUAUAAAUAAAAUGUUCUAUAUAAUACAAGAGAAACAAUUUAUAUUUACAUUGAGUGCGUUUAUUUAGAAAUAUUAUAUGAAAAUAAAUAUUAUCUUAACUGU